AGGCAGCAGCGGCAGCAGUAAACAUGGCGGCGUCCAGGGUGCUCACGAGUUUAUGCAGGCGUGCAUACCUUCAAAAGCCAUCUUGCAGGUUUCUCGCUGUGCAGUCACCUCAGCCGUCCGACGCGCAAGCGGAGAAUGUCGUCGUCGACAAGAAAAAUCGUUCAAAGUUACCGGACAAGCUUGUCGACUACAGGUUUAUCUACCCAGAGUUCCUUCCAGACACAGACUUCAGCCUGAGAAAUUCAAUUAGGGAGAAACUGGAAAGAAAAGACAUGCUUAAUCGGCGAUCAGUCAUCGAGAUCCCGGAAUUCUAUGUGGGCUCUAUCAUGGCAGUCACAGUCUCGGACAACAAUGCUCCCGGCAAGCAAAACCGCUUUGUGGGAAUCUGCAUCAUGCGCCAUGGCGUUGGUAUGCGGCACCAAUUUACGUUGCGAAACGUCAUCGAACACCAAGGUGUGGAAAUCAUGUACGACCUGUACAGCCCUCUCCUGCUGAAGAUAGAAGUUUUGCGACUUGAAAAACGUUUGGACGAGCACCUUCGCUACCUGCGAGACGCCCCGCUCGAGUACAGCACGUUUCCCUUUGACAUGGAGGCUCACACUCAUAACGAGGGAGCACCUGUGCCAAUAAACACGCUCAAGGUGAAGCUGAAGCCGAAACCAUGGCUGGAGCGCUGGGAAAGACAGGACCUGAAGGGCAUACAGGAUCUUGGCCUGCCACAGAAGUUCUACGACAAAGCAGCCGCCGUAGCAACGCCAUGGGAGCGCUACGACCUGAUGAAGCAGUACCGCCAGGUCAUCACCGAGGAAGACCAGCUGCCCAUAUGGGAGCAAGUAGAACAGCACCGCACGAACGUUGAGGACACACAGAGACGUGAACGACGGCGCAAGCUGCUUCAGAAGACCAAGACGUGAUUGGUGCAAGGGGUAAAAUGGACUGGUUGACUGUCAUUGCAGCAGUCACAUCUAUCUACCGUCAUCGUGCAGAUUAGAGCACGUGACAUCUGCUAUGAUCCUUUCUGGGCGCCAGCUUACAACGCUGUUAGUGCAUUUUAAUGCAUGUCAUAUAGAAGGUCAGAAUGCGCAGUCCACGGUCAUCUAUAAUGAAGUCGCAUCCGACAAAAGCACGUUAUAUAUCCGAUAUUCUUUAUAGAUAUGUAUCUAUUACAGUGUAAUAGUGCUGAGACAGUUUUAUUCACUUUGUUAUGUCCGAUAAUUCAUUAAAUUCAUGUUCACUGUA